AUGCCUCGACUUCAGAUCUUACACCAUAAAUCCUACCACCCCUACAAUGAGAAGAACAAGCAACGAGUCCGGGAGGACGAAGCCAAAGCCGCCGCUGCCGAGCUCGCCAUCGAGCAAGCGCGCAUAGAGGCUGCCUCUUCAUCACGUCUAAACGAGCUGCGGAAACGCGCUGGUUCGCCCUCGUUCCGGUCCCCCUCUCCCCCCCUCGACCCCGCGGACGAGAAUCUUCCCUCGACAUCCUCGGCUCCAGAUCUCGCAGCAGCCAGCAGCCGGCUGGUCGAGAAACACAGGAAGGAGAAGGCUCGGCAGGAAAAGAGGGAGAAGAAGCAGAAGGAACGGCUGGACUUUGAUUUCCCGAGCGAGAGUGCGAAGCGGGAUGAGAGGCGGCGGGCAAGGAAAGAGGGGGAGGCGUCAGGAUCUGGGUCGGCGUCGGUGACGGCGGCAGUGCCGAAGAGGACAGGUGGGGUGGAUAGGGAUGAUAUGUGGGUGGAUGAUGGGGCGCAGGGGGAGGAUGCGAGUGGAGUGUGGGAGAGUGCGGGACAUAUCAACCUCUUUGCGGAUGUGGAGAAGAAUGAGCGUCCUCAGCCUACCUUGGCAGAGCUAGCCAAGAAGAAGAAGGAUCAAGAAGCCGAUUUCUUGACGAUGUACCUCGGCCGCCCGGAGAAGGAGACCAAGCCCUGGUAUACCGACCCCAAUCUCAAGCGGUACGAGGAGAAGGAGACUGGCGAGGACGCAGACUUUCGACGAGCGCGAGAUAAGCGGAAAGACGUGCGCUCGAAAGCACGACAUGACCCCCUUACCCAAAUAUCCUCCCUCCUCGCUUCAUCCUCUGCCAAAUCCGUACCACGACCACGGCAAUCCCUCCCGGAUGCCGGCCGCGCAGAUGCGAGUGCCGCCCGUGUAUCGAGGGAAACGUCGGAACGGCAAAGGGCGCUGGAUCUUAUUGCGCGGACCAAAGCGCAGGCGGCGCGCUCUGGCGGGAAUAGAUGGGACGACACGCCGUCGACGAUCGCGGAGAGCAGGACGUGGUCUGAGGACUUUGAGCGGCAGAAGGAUAAGGCGGGGAUGAGGUUCUUUGAUGAAGGUCGCGGGCUGAGGUCUGGGAUGGCGUCGGGUGGGAGAGGGUGGGACGGGUCAGCUAGGACAGGAAGGAGCUGGGAGGUAUGA